CUCGUCAGUAGCCCAUAGUGCAUUGGUCGGAGUGGGCGUCUCGCUCGCUGCUCUCAGAUAUACAUAGCUGUGUUUAAACAUCGCGAUCUUCAACUUUCUUCUGUCUGAGUAACAGAGGUCAGCUCGGAUGUGUGUGUAGUGUAUGUCGAAAUAAUUUACAUCCGCACAGAAUGGAUUACUACCGCGUUGAACUUGGGACUUGGUAACCUAGACGGUUCCCUUGGGUCAACAGCGUCCGAUACGGAACGGUGGCAGCGUCCACGCAUUACCACAGUCCACGCCUCGUGGCCGGUAAACGCGGACCUGUUAAAAGUGUUUGAAGUGCCAGUUAACUGUCACAAGUACUUAGUGAAAGUGACAGUUCCGUUAGCGCCAUGAAGCCGGCGGCGGAGUCGGCCUUGAGUGAACUGGGGAACAACAAUGUGACUCCCCUCUUAUCCCGGACAUCAGUGUUGUUAGAGUUUAAAGACAUCCGAUGCACUAUCAACACAUUCUCCUUAAACAAAUUUCGAUUGGAACCUAGGAAUAUUUUAAAUGGCGUAGACGGGUGUUUCAAGCCAGGCGAGCUCACAGCCAUCAUGGGGCCGUCGGGAGCUGGGAAAACGACCCUCCUCAAUAUACUGGCUGGUUACACUACCCGUGGCGCCAAAGGCGAGAUCUCCGUCAACGGCGUGUGCGCGUGCGCCUCACAGUCCGGCGGGCGCGGCGGCGCACGCUACAUCCGCCAGCAUGACGACCUGCGCGCCUACCUCACGGUGUACGAAGCCAUGGCCCUGGCCGCCGCUCUCAAGCUGGCGGACUUCUCGCCAAUCGAAAGGAAGGAGAAAGUAUAUGAAAUUCUAUCGUUACUAGGCCUCAGUGGAGCGGCUCAGACCCUUUGCAGAGACCUCUCUGGGGGCCAGAGAAGACGGCUCGGCGUCGCUUUAGAACUCCUCUCUGACCCAUCUUUACUAUUUCUAGACGAGCCUACUACGGGGCUGGACUCAUCAGCAUCAGCGUCACUCAUCGCACUGCUGAGCAGCCUAGCCCGAGGAGGCAGGACACUAAUUGCGACCAUCCACCAGCCUUCAGCGUUGCUCUUUGAGAAGAUAGACUCCCUAUACUGCCUGGUGGAUGGCCGGACGCUGUACAAAGGCCCAAGGGCAUCGCUGCUGCCGGCGCUGGAGAGCGCGGGGCUGCGGUGCCCACCGUACCACAACCCUGCUGACUUCUUGAUGGAGGUAGCAUCGGGAGAGUACGACGUGGACCUCAUCGGGACGGCCAAGACGAUGUUGCGAUACAAACCCGAGGCCAACCCGGAUGGCACCGCCAGCUGGAAUGUUCCCACAAUACCCGCGUUACCUAGUCCAUUAGAUAUAAGUUCGGAGCUCAGAUUCAAAUCGGUUCUGGGAAAUACCAAGCACCAGCAGAGUCACAAGAAGACGAUGUACAGACAAUCUGGCCUUUUGCGCCAAACGUGGAUCUUGCUGUACAGGAACUAUUUAAUCACUACUCGGAAUUAUUCUCACUUUAUGCUCCGAGUGGCGUGUCACGUGAUAAUCGCGCUAAUCUUCGGCUAUCUGUACCUCGGCGUGGGCAGUGAGGCGAGCUCCGUGCUCGGCAACUACGUCUACCUGUACGGCUCCAUGCUGCUGGUGGUCUACACCGGGAAGAUGUCCGUGGCGUUAUCAUUUAACCUGGAGAUGAAUAUAUUAAAAGGAGAACAUUACAAUAGGUGGUACAAUUUAGGACCCUAUGUCGUCUCUCUUCUGGCAGUGGAGCUACCAUUUCAGAUGAUCUCUUGCGUGUCGUACGUGGUUCUGUCGUACUGGUUAACAGACAAUCCGCUAGAGCCGACACGAGCGACGCUGUUCUUGGCUACCAUAGUCACCACCUCUCUCUGCGCGCAGUCAUGGGGGUAUUUCAUCGGUUCGACGACCCCUACUAAGAUCGCAGUGUUCAUAGGGCCUAUAUUAGCGUGCCUGUUCUCGGUAUUCGGUUUCUGCCUGUCUUUAGCGGACACGCCCAUAGGUUUCCGAUGGUUGCAUUACAUCUCCUACUUCAGGGCCGGGUUCCACGUGGCAGUGCAUUCUGUAUACGGUUUUAAUAGAACCAACAUCCCAUGUUCCAAAGAAUACUGUCACUACCGAACUCCAAGUAAGUUUCUAAGUGAAAUGGACAUGAGUUACAUCGACGUCGGCGGGAACAUGGCUUUCAUCCUCGGCAUGACGGUCGUCAUGCACACGCUGACGUGCAUAGCUUUAUGGUACAGGCUCAACAAGAGGUGAAA